UCAUAAGGCAAUUAAAAAAAUGGAGGGUCGAUAACAUCAGGACAAAUUAAAGAACCUUCGGACUAUUUCAUCUAGACUUACAUUAGACCUCAAUUAAAACUUGAUUGUGUGAACUAAAGUCUAAGUUUUGGUCUUGUUGGGGUACCGGGAGUUGAACUCGUUCAUUGAAAGGGGACAACUUUGGAUUCGAGGUCCUAGUGCAGAGUCAUAGUGUUGAAGUAGUUCAGACAAAAAAAAAGAUUGUAUGUCUAUUUUAUCUGAAAGAUUAACUCUAGUCUUUAGAGUUUAAUCAAGAAUCUAGAUGUAUGUACUUAAGUUAAGGUAGUUUUAAAACAAAAGUAAAUCUACAAUCAAAGAAAAAUCGUUUAUAUAAAUUACUGAGUCAGAAACUAAUGGAACAAUCAUGGUUGAUGACAAUGUGCCUAUUUCUGUCUCUAUUACCAAAGCUAGGUUGUCAAGAUUGUGUAGAACCAGAUCAAACUGUAUACACUAUAAAAGGAUUAGUAGGUGAGACUAUAGUGAACUUAAGUCUGUUAUCUGAUGGCUAUUGGAGCACCUCUGUACUAGAUAUCACAUCUGGCCAAGAGAUCAGCUCAUGCUUCAGCACAUCCUUAGAGAAUGAAACGAACACAUGGCUGCUACAAAUAGCUAAACAUUUACCUUUAAAUUUACGAAGAGAAAGUCACGAUUUGUUGUUUACACUUCACUGUACAGUCAAAACUAUUACUAAACCAUUCAUCAGAAGAGCCAUAUUGCUUCCUCAGCCUGUUAAUGAUCAGUUCAUCCAUCCUCUGGUAGACAUUUACAUUCCGAAGGUAAUACACAUUCAAAUAGAAGUAAACGCCAAUGUGAGGUCUAUAUUGUCUGAGCUCUACUGUGUCCUAAAUGUGUCCGCAACUGAGCUUUCUCUAACACUUGUACGCGAUGAGCACCUAAAUGACCAAGAAGCUUUUUUUUUCGACAUGUCCAAAAAUGGAGUUGUGACCUUGAAACAGUCUUUGAAUUCCUCUAGAGAAGAUAUUUUUUUGAUCAUUUUACGUAGGAUUAUGUCAUCGUGUACUGAGUUGGUACCUGUCCUUGUCCUGGUCACAUCAGAGAACUCCAGGAACCUAACUGGUCAAUGUGAGAACCAUCCGGCAUUUAAACUUCAGAACUGUUCCUCGUUCCGAUGUCAGAUUGAUGUCUACAGGACAGAGAUACAAGCAACUUUUCAAGGAGAUAUUACCAAUUUAACCCCAAGUGCAAUAUAUGCUGAAGAUUCCGAAGGAAGACAAACAAGUUAUUUUUUUCUGACUGGUAAUCCCAGAAAUUAUGACCAAGUAUUCAGUCUCCAUCCAGAUACUGGCAUUGUCAACACUUCCGGUUUAAACUUCUCCAGCAGCCAGCAGCCAUUUUAUAUGAUCAUUCGGGCUCAAGUGAAAUCAUCCCCUAGCUGUUAUGAUAAAGUUCUUCUCUACAUUAAAAUUAAAAAUGAUCUAAUUACUUCGUCUACAAAGUUUACAACUGGGAAAAUGACAACAGCAAUGCUUACAAAACCAUUAGGAAGUACAUCGUCUACAAGUAGCACAUUAAGUUCUACAGACAGUAGCACUUACGAAGCAGAGAACACAACAGUGAAAUUAGUGAAUCCGGAUUCAGAACUCUAUUCAAGCACUGUCUUAAGGAAAGAUCUCAAUCUGGAAGAAUCUUUGGAAGCUCUGAAGUUGAAUCCUGUCUUAUCACACUCAGACUACCAGUUUCCAUCUUGGAGUCUUUUUAGUUUUGUAGCUUUACUAAACAUUGCGAUAUGAAAAAGAAAAAAGAAGAAAACAAUGGCAAUACAAUUUAUAUAUUAUUAAUGAA